CAUUAACAAACCAACGACAGAAGCAGGAGGAAGAGAGUCAGAUCUGGAAACAUUUGUAAUCUACUCCGCCGUGAGAACUGUAAAACCAACAAAGAGUCAUGACCUCCAGGAGCGUCCGUAAGAAGCAGCCUUCACGGCGUGUGGAGGGGAGCGCUGAGCGGGCAGCAGCCCACAGGAGCUCUUCCCACUUCGAUCUGCUAAAAAAACGCAGGGAACUCCAAGACCUGGACAACGAGAACCAGGAGAUGCAAGAAGAACUGGAGAAUUUGCAACAGCGUGAAGAUGAGUUGCAGGAGAAGAUUAAGAAAGCUAACAAAAUGAACCUCAGCUAUGAGAAGAUUCUCAGGGACCAGGCUACUGAAUGUUCAGAGGGAGCAGAGAGGGAGAGGAAAGAGGUUUUUCAUCUGGAUGCAGAGCAUGAGAGGCUGGUGGUGGAGUUAGCUGAAGAGCUGCAGAGCAAACAGGAGCGAGAGCGCCAGCUAGUGAAACUCAGACCGUACGCUGUGAGCUUCGAGCGGGCGGCCAAGUUGACCAAGUUUAAGGACGCAAAGAGCCUCGCAGAUCACAUGGAGAACCUUCUCCGAAUUCGAGAGAGUCUCCUUCAGCAGGACCUGAAGAAGCGUGAGAAGUAUGACGAGCUGAGGAGAACCCUGCAGUCAAAUCAAGAACAGCAUCGCCUCAUGCGUCUGCAGAAGAACUACGAGCUGUCCCAGAUGGAGGUGGAGCAUGAGAAAGCGCGCUCUGAAGUUCUGGAAUGGGAGAGGAAGUGGAACCAGAUUCAGGAAACCGCAUCAAAGAAAACACUUCUCCUGGGACAAAUCAAGAUGGCGACACUCAACCUCUACGAAAUGACGUGUCAAGACGAAAAAGCAGAUGAAGCGGUUGAUAUAAACGACACAGAGAAACAGCUGGACCAGGUUAAGACGUUCAUUCAAGACAGCGACGACAUGGUCAAACAAUAUCAGACUUCUUCACAGAGACAAGAUGGAAAGAAAAGAGACCAAAAGAGCUUUCCAAGUCACCGUAAAAAAAAGGCUUCAAAGUAACCUUUUACUAUGAGUCUCAUUUGCUGAGAUGGAACUAAAUAAUUAAAGUGUGUUUAUCUAAUGUUAAACUCUGUGAGUUUCAUUAACUGUGAACUUGUAGACACUGAACUUCAAUAAACCUGAACACUGAGUGCAAUCAA